GUGGCUUCAAUGCCGGCAGACAACAUGGGGAAAGGUUUCUAUAUCAGUAAAGGUGUUUGGAUAGUGGCUGUCAUUGUGUGUGCAGGGGCCCUGGCAACUAUCAUAGCUCUGUCUAUUCUUUACUCACAGGAAAAGGCUAAAAAUAAUAAUCAUGUCUCACCAACGGAUGGAGGAACAACAUCAAAACCCCCUGUGACGACACCUGCCCCAUCCAAUAAACCUUGGGACAAGUAUCGACUACCCAAGAGUCUGGUGCCGGACCACUAUAAUGUCACCCUGUGGCCACGACUGACUCCAGAUGCAACAACUGGACUCUACAUUUUUACUGGGGAGUCCAGUGUGGAGUUUGAGAGUGCUGAGGAGACUGACCUGAUUCUUAUCCACUCCAAUAAGCUAAACUACACCAAAUUUGAGAAUGACCACUUGGCGAGCCUUAUCUCAGUCAAUAGUGGAGUCACAGCUCCCUCAAUCAAGUCUUCCUGGCUCCAGACUGUGACUCAGUACCUGGUCCUACAGCUGAAUGGUAAACUUAUGAAGGGCCACAGGUACCACCUCUACACUAAAUUUACUGGCGAGCUGGCUGAUGACCUGGGAGGCUUCUAUAGGAGCGAAUACAUGGAGGAUGGAGAGAAAAAGGUUGUUGCUACUACUCAGAUGCAGCCAACAGACGCCAGGAAGGCUUUCCCCUGUUUUGACGAGCCAUCUAUGAAAGCUAUUUUCUAUGUCACUCUGAUCCAUGACAAUGGAACUGUAGCCCUUUCCAAUGGCAAGGAAAAAGUGUCAAGCGGUGUCACCAUUGAUGGCCAUAAUGUGCAGAAGACAGUUUUUGAGCCAACUGAGAAAAUGUCCACCUACCUGCUGGCAUUCAUUGUCAGCGAUUUUGACUUCAUCAACAACACCAUCGAUGGAGUUUUGAUCCGUAUCUUUGCCCGGAAGCCUGCUAUAACUGCAGGGCAGGGAGAGUAUGCCCUCAACAAAACUGGACCCAUCCUUAAAUUCUUUGAGAAGUAUUACAAUUCCAGCUACCCUCUACCUAAAUCUGAUCAAAUCGCUCUACCAGACUUUAAUGCUGGAGCCAUGGAGAACUGGGGUCUGAUCACAUACAGAGAGACAGCACUGCUCUACGAUGAAGCGUUCUCCUCCAACUCCAACAAGCAGAGGAUUGCUACCAUCAUUGCUCAUGAACUGGCUCACAUGUGGUUUGGUAAUCUGGUGACCCUAAGGUGGUGGAAUGACUUGUGGCUGAAUGAAGGCUUUGCAUCUUAUGUUGAGUACCUAGGAGCACACGAGGCUGAACCUGACUGGAAUGUGAAAGACCUUAUCGUGCUCAGUGAUGUCCACAGGGUGUUUGCUGUUGAUGCACUGGUCUCCUCUCACCCUUUGUCCUCUAAAGAAGAGGACAUCCAGAAACCAGCACAGAUCAGUGAGCUGUUUGAUGCCAUAUCAUACAGCAAGGGAGCAUCUGUUCUGAGAAUGUUGUCAGAUUUCCUAACUGAAGAAGUCUUCACAAUGGGACUCAGGACCUACCUGGCUGAAUUUGCGUAUGGGAAUGCAGUCUACACAGACCUAUGGGAGCAUUUGCAAAUGGCUGUUGAUGCUAAUGGCACUCAACUACCUGACACCGUCCAUAGCAUCAUGAACACCUGGGUGCUACAGAUGGGCUUUCCUGUGGUUACAAUAGAUACAAACACUGGGGUUGUAUCCCAGGAACACUUUCUCCUGGAUCCAGACUCUGAGGUCACAGCUCCAUCUCCCUUUAACUAUGAAUGGAUUGUUCCAAUCAAGUGGAUGAAGACUGGACUUGUCCAGGCACCACAAUGGCUGAAGAGCAAAUCAGCCACAAACGAUGCGAUGAAGGCAUCAGGGGAUGACUGGGUGCUGGGCAACCUCAAUGUUGUGGGUUACUACAGAGUCAACUAUGACCAAGGCAACUGGGACAGACUGCUAAGUGGUCUCAGCACCAGUCAUUGGCUUAUUCCAGUGAUCAACAGAGCUCAGUUGUUGGAUGAUGCUUUCAACCUGGCCAGAGCAAAGAUCAUCCCUACACUGCUGGCUCUCAAUACCACCAAGUAUCUGCACAAUGAGAGAGAAUAUAUGCCCUGGGAAUCAGCCCUGAGCAACUUGGACUUCUUCUACCUCAUGUUUGACCGCAGUGAGGUUUAUGGUCCCAUGCAGGAUUAUCUGAGGAAACAGGUCACCCCUUUGUUUAGAUACUAUGAGACAAUGACUGACACCUGGAGCAAAGUACCUGAUGGACACAUGGACCAGUAUAAUCAGGUGAAUGCUCUCAGCCUGGCUUGCAGGACAGGCCUCGAGGAAUGCCAAAAUCUGACCAAGGCAUGGUUUAAUCAAUGGAUGGAAACUAAGAACAACCAGAUCCACCCCAACCUACGUUCCACUGUGUACUGUAAUGCCAUCGCAGCAGGCAGUGCUAAUGAGUGGGAGUUUGCUUGGUUACAGUUUAAGAAUGCCACCAUUGCUAGUGAAGCUGACAAACUCCGCUCUGCUCUGGCCUGCACAAAGCAACCCUGGCUGCUCAACAGGUACCUGGAGUACACUCUGGAUCCAAACAUGAUCCGAAAGCAGGAUGCCACCUCCACCAUUAUCUACAUUGCUGACAAUGUGGUCGGUCAGUCUCUUGCAUGGGAUUUUGUCAGGGCUCAAUGGUCAUACAUUUUCACUCAGUAUGGUGGUGGAUCGUUCUCCUUCUCCAACCUCAUCACUGGAGUCACCAAGCGCUUUUCCACUGAAUUUGAGCUUCAACAGCUGAAGCAGUUUAAGGCAGAUAACGCUGAGGUCGGUUUUGGCUCUGGUACCCUUGCAGUGGAUCAAUCCAUUGAGAGAACCAUCGCCAACAUAAAAUGGAUUGCAGAGAACAGGCGGAAUGUUCUGGAGUGGUUCAAGGCUGAAGCAAGGCUCUAAUAGGGCCUUAAACUGUCCCUUUGUUUACUUGUACUUCAUGUAAUUUCAAAAUGUUCUUUUUUCAUCAAAAUAAAUCUUACUUGUAGGAAGAUUUCACACAA